AUGAAGUUCUCUCUAUCCAGCUUGCUAUUGCUUGCGCUCGCGACAAGCGAAAUCGCUGUUGCUAGCACCUGGUUCUCCAAAGCUGCAUACAACAAAUGGCACGAGACCGAGCUUGAACGCUGGCUCUCCGACCAUGAUGUCCCUUAUCCGACACAAGCUGAUCGGAAAGAGCUCGAGAAUUUGGUCAAGAGCAACUGGGAUUCCAAGAUCCAACAGCCGGUUGCAAAAUCCAGUGAUUCAACUUCUAACUCCUUGGACAGCGUCAAGGACUGGAUUUUUGACAGCUGGACUGAGAGCCGUCUCAAAUCAUUCUUGGAUCACCAUGGUGUUCCUCUUCCUCCCCAACCACGCACUCGUGACUCGCUCUUGACCACUGCUCGUCAGAACUACGAUACUAUUGCAAAGAAGGCUGGCGAAUACGCUGCUUAUCCUGGUGAUUGGCUAUACAGCACCUGGAGUGAUUCUGAGCUCAAAGAGUACCUGGACGAGCAUGGAAUUCCCGUCCCUCAACCAAGUACGCGUGACAAACUCAUCGCAUCAGUCCGCCGUAAUGCACACCUUGCUUCCGCAAACAUGGCCAAGAACGCCAAGGCAGCAUCAUCUUCUGCUACAGCUGCACAGGAGUCAUUGUCCGAUGCUCUCUUCGAUGCCUGGUCUGACAGCAAACUGAAGGAGUUCCUCGACAAGAACAACAUUCCUGUCCCACAAGGCUCGCGACGAAAUGAGUUGCUCGCCCUUGCACGCAAGAAUCGAGCUCACUUGACUGGCGAGAGUGUCACUGCAUCUGCAGCCUCUGCAUUUGGUGCUGCGACUUCCAAAGCCGGCAAUGUCGUUUCUCAAGCUACAGACUCUGCAUCUGAGACCGCCGACGAAGGUUUUGAAAAAGCUAUUGGGACUUGGUCUGACUCGCGUCUUAAAGCUUUCCUGGACAGCCGUGGCGUACCGGUUCCACAGGGUGGCAAGCGUGACGAUCUUCUCUCCCAGGUCCGACUAAGCAAGCACAAGGCCGCUACCGGAUACUCCGCUUGGACGUUUGAUACCUGGAGCAUCGACAACUUGAAAAAGUAUUUGUCCACCAACACCAAGAAGGCGCAUAAGAACACCGAGGCCACCAGAGACGAGCUUGUUAAGCAAGCACAGGAUGCUUAUGCAAGCGCAUCUAAAUCCGGCGGCAGUUCGUAUGCCAGUGUUACCUCUUACCUCGCUUCCGCAACCGAUGCUGCCAAAGACACAACCUUUGACACCUGGUCCCAGAGUGAUCUCAAGUCUUAUCUCGACACCUACGGCAUCCCUACUUACCAGGGCUCGACUCUGAAUGAGCUUAAGGCUCAAGCCAAGAAGCAAUCGACGUACUUCCGUUACGGAACAAGCACGCCGCAAGCAUCGAUCUUUGAGCGUAUGAAGGGUGGUGUGUCUUGGAUGAUGCAGCAGCUGAAGCUUGGUGCUACUCAGGGUCGUGUGGAGGGUGAGAAAGUAGCUGCUGGAGCUAGCAGUGCAGCUCGAACUGCUUCUGCUAAGGCUUCUGCCAGCACUGCUAGCAUGAAGGGCGAACUGUGA